AUGUCGGAUCCGCUAACUCUUCGGCCGAAAGACUCAACAGAGUCCAUAUACAUCUCGGAAUCUUCUACCGACGACGAGGGCUUCGACUUCAAGGGAGAGCCAGAGAAGACUGACGGUGCUUUUCUUACCGGUGUGCGAAGGGGACUUAGGAAGCUAGGAUCUGUUUCUGGUAGCCGUGGUCGACCUUUUAAUAUCCAAACAAGCAAAAGCUCUACGCCGGACCUCCAUCCACGUUCAGGAAGUACUGACCAUUUCCUGCUAUCGCAGAAUGAAAAGAAUUUGAGCGGUGCAGAUCUCGAAAAACCUCUUCCAACCCUGCCCUCGACACCCACAUCUCCGAUCGUUGAAGACACUUCGGGCGACCCUCCUGAUACGCCAAAAGCCUUAGAGGGCAUGCCGCAACGGGCCGCGACAGGUAAUCGGACGAGCAUAGUGGAUUCUACGAGCGCAUCUCAACAUCAAUCCAGCGGAUACAAGUCGAUCUCCGGUACAUACAAAGUGGACAUGAACAGUAGUCAAACUAGUCUCGCUACGUCUAGCAGGCAGGAUGGAAGUGAAGGGGGAGAGGAGAAUCGGGAAAAUGUUGUGACACCGAAGAGCAAUGGAGCUCCAUCGGCGGCGCCAUCACCAGCACAACAACCUCGCUCUUUGGCAGCUAGUGGAGCUGGCACUUCUGGAGCAACGCCAUCGACACAUCUGUCAGGGCUCAUGUGCAAUGUACAUCGAACUACUGGAAAGGAACCGCACCCCCUAGUUGGUGCCACAACUACAAUUUUGGGCGACAAACUUUACGUAUUCGGCGGUCGGAUCCUAUCGCGGACGCGCCCUUCCUUGACAGCCGACUUGUACGAACUGGAUUUGAUACAGCGGCAUUGGACGAAAGUUGAAACUAGUGGGGAUGUCCCACCACCAAGAUAUUUUCACAGUUUAUGCGCCCUAGGCGAUACCAAGCUGGUGUGCUAUGGAGGAAUGUCCCCAGCUCCUCCACAGAGCCAAGCCCAAAUGGCUGCCUCGGCGCAAAGUGGCCAAGAAUCCCAGCCAGAGGUCGUCGUAAUGUCCGACAUUUAUAUAUAUGAUGCGCCAUCAAGAACAUGGACUUUUAUACCCACAAAUGACACACCGCAGGGAAGGUAUGCGCACUGCGCUACUAUCCUUCCUUCAUCGGCAGCAUUUGCGUCCGCAAAUGCGCCUUCUUCCGCCUUACAUCAUAACCCCCAAGGGCCCAACCCCAAUCAAGGCGUCAUUGGAGUUAAUAUAGAUGGUACUGGCGGUGCUGAAAUGGUUGUGGUGGGUGGUCAAGACAGUGGAAACCACUAUAUUGAGCAAAUUAGCGUCUUUAACCUGCGCAGUCUUAAAUGGACCAGCACUCAGGCGCUUGAGCUACAGGUUAGAGCUUCCGAUGGAACUCUAGCAGAAAAGCCCAUGCACGGGUCAUUUUCACCUCCUGGCCUUCGGUUCCCAAACGGCGGCGUUAUCGAUACCAAUUUCGUGGUCAGUGGAACGUAUCUCACUUCUUCAAAACAGGAGUAUGCAUUAUGGGCUCUUGACUUGCGAACUCUCACAUGGAGCCGCAUCGACGCUGGUGGCAGUGUUUUCAGUCAAGGAAGCUGGAAUCGUGGUGUUUUGUGGAAUCGAAGAAAUACAUUUGUGAUACUUGGUAACCGAAAGCGCAGUCUUGUGGAGGAUUAUAAUCAUAGGCGCAUAAAUUUUGCUAACGUCUGUAUGGUCGAGCUUGAGGCAUUUGGUCUUUACGACAACCCUCGAAAGGCAGCACCGCUGUCAGGGUUUGUCUCGGCUAGUUCGCCUUUCACAACACCGUCACUAAAUAUCGGUAGCAAAGCAGGAUGGAAUGCAGGUGGGCGCACGCUCUCCAAGGCAGCAGAGGAACUAGGCCAAAGUGCGUUGGCUCUUAGAGAGCUAGCUGAUAUGGAUAUCCUUUGCGUCGGCGGCGAGCGUAUACCGGUAAACUCUCGCAUUAUCGCAAGAAGAUGGGGACCAUAUUUCGUCCAAUUACUACGUGAGGGCACUGCAACACAAGACGGUAAUGAUGCCGCUACGCUGCGUCAAGAGAGCGUCUUCCGACAUAAUCAAAGCAGGAAUAGCAGUAUUACUAUUACACCUAGUCUCGGUGCUCAGUCCUCAAGUCUUUCUUCUUCAUCUACAUUAAAUAGCUCUUCCACAUCGGACCCCGCCUCUUUGGCCCUCCCUCCUGAUUCGGGGGCAUUAUCACCUAAUUCUAGACCGCGGACACUUUACCUUCCACAUACACAGCUCACACUUCAAGCUCUACUUCACUUUUUAUAUACAUCAUCUCUUCCUCCAAAUAAUUCUACGCUCUGCACUCCGCAAAUACUCUGUAGUCUACUACAACUAGCACGACCCUACAAAAUUGAUGGUUUACUGGAAGCUGUCGUGGAGAGGUUACAUGGUGUGUUAGAUAGUAGGAAUGCUGCAGCCGUCUUCAAUGCUAGCGCCAUGGCUGCUGGUGGCGGUCGUUCCACUUCAACACCUUCUGACAUUGCAGAUCCCUGGAGCCUUAAUAGACUGUCAAAUGGAGCAGAGACCCUGAUGCAGCUUGGGCUUGAUAACGAAAUAGGCUCUCACGGCCAACAAUCUUUACGAAUCAAUACCAGUGUGGGCGAUCUUGGAACUGGCCAGGGAGGAAGAAGACAAGACGAUGAAGAAAGCAUGAGUGCGACAAGCAGUGCCGCGAGCGAUGUUAGUGGCAGUGAUUUGGACGGAAGCGUGAGCGCGUCGGAAUCUGGUAAAGUUAAUAGUGUAGGGGAAAUUUGGAGAGGCGAUAUUAGUGCCGUUAUUGGACUACAGAAGAGAGGUCUGCGAGGUUUGAUGGAAGGCAGAAGACUCCGAGAGAGAGGGACGAGUGCAAGUGUAAGCGCAGCAUCGUCGCAAAAAGUAGGAUUGGGGAUCGCAAACGGUUAA